AUGUUUGAAUAUAUAAAAAACGAGCCAAAAAGUUUCCUCAACAACCCUACUUCUCUCAACUCAUAAAUUUAGACCUUUAAGAAGAGAUAUUAGAUAUGUAAUAAUAUAGAUCAUCUACAAUUGAUUUUAGAAGAGCUUUAAAAUUUAAAUUUAAAAAUUGAAAAAGACUAUUAAAGCUUUGUUUUUCUCUUGAAAAGCAAAGUUCUUACUAAUCUAUAAGAGAAGUAAGAAUGUCUUUAAGAAUAAUGA